GCCUAUCAGUGCGCAUCAGUGCCACCUAUCAGUUCCCUGCCCAUCAGUGCCACCUACCAGUGCCUCCUCAUCAGUGUCCAUCAGUGCAGCCUAUCAGUGCCCAUCACUGCAGCCUCAUUAGCGCACAUCAGUGAAAGAGAAAAAUCACUUAUUUACAAAAUUUUAUAACAAAAACUAAAAAAAAAUUUUUUCACAAUUUUCAGUGGUUUUUGGUUUGUUUAAGAAAAAAUAAAAAACCAAGAGGUGAUUAA